GACAGUAAUAGCGCUCUCUAGCGACAACUACAGCCGAUUACAAAAUAUAUCGUAUCGUUGGCAGCCCUAAUUUCUUUCUUUUCGAUAGAUCCGCAUUAAAGUGACAAGAGCACAUCAAUAUGCAGCUUUUCGUACGUGGCUUGGAAAACAUUGAAGCUUUGGAAGUGUCCCAGGAUGCUACCAUUGCUGGCGUCAAGAGCCAACUGGCCCAGCUACAUGGCUUCGAAACUGAAGAGUUCAGCCUGAACUGCGAAGGUGCCACUCUAACCGAUGAAACACCUGUGACAGCUCUGAGCUCCUUCGAAUUGGAUAUUACCAUUCCCAUGAUUGGUGGUAAAGUGCACGGUUCUUUGGCGCGUGCCGGUAAGGUCAAGGGACAAACGCCCAAGGUUGAGAAACAGGAGAAAAAGAAGAAGAAGACUGGUCGUGCCAAGCGCAGGAUCCAGUACAAUCGCCGCUUCGUCAACAUUGUACAGGGCUUCGGCCGCCGUCGUGGCCCCAACGCCAACUCUACGUAAAGUGGAUCAGUUUGCAGAAGGAUUGAUGAACAGAAGCUGAGCUAUUUUUAUUGCAAAAUAAUGUUCAUAUAAGUAAUUUUCAACAAUUAAACAAAACUUAUUUUACGCAUUUCAAGCUGUAAUCCGA